UUUUAGCAGUUUAUCGGUGCUGUGCCCCUUUCCUCUUUUUCUGUUCACCCAGACUCUCUACUCGCAGCGACAACCCUGGAGCUCUCCUAUAUCGCUAAUGGCAACGGAGUCGAAGACCAAGUACGAUCGCCAGCUUAGGAUUUGGGGCGAACAAGGGCAAGCAGCGCUUGAGAAAGCCAGCAUAUGCCUUCUUAACUGCGGCCCUACUGGAUCCGAGGCAUUGAAAAAUCUCGUUCUUGGUGGGGUUGGCAGCAUCACUGUUAUUGAUGGCAGCAAAGUGGAAAUACAUGAUCUUGGAAAUAACUUCAUGUUGGAUGAAGCAAGCCUCGGUCAGUCUAAGGCGAAGUGUGUGUGUGCCUUUCUGCAAGAGUUGAAUGAUGCUGUUAAAGCCAAAUUUGUGGAGGAGUCUAGUGAAGCUCUCAUAGAAGGAAAUCCUUCCUUCUUUUCCUCGUUUACCUUAGUAAUAGCGACUCAGCUAUCGGAAACGUCAUUAUUAAAGCUGGAUAAGAUUUGUAGACAAUAUAAUGUCAUUAUGUUGGGUGCACGCUCGUACGGACUCACCGGGUUAGUUCGGAUUUGUUUGAAGGAACAUGAUGUUGUUGAGUCAAAACCUGAACAUUUUGUGGAUGAUCUAAGACUGCACAAUCCUUGGCCUGACCUGAAAGAGUUUGCAAAAUCAAUGGACUUAAAUGUGAUUGAUCCUGUCGUACACAAGCAUAUACCUUACAUAGUUAUCCUUAUUCAUAUUGCGGAAAAAUGGGCUGACGGACACGACGGAUGUUUACCAACUACUCGACAAGAAAAAAAGGAGUUUAAGGAUUUAAUAAAAUCUUACAUGCUUAAUAUGGAUGAAGAAAAUUACAAAGAAGCUAUUGAAUCAUCUUACAAAGUUUCCCUUCCUCGUGGAAUUAGUUCUCAAUUGAAUCAGAUCAUAAAUGACAAUGCUGCUGAAGUUAAUUCAGCCUCAACAGACUUCUGGAUCUUGGUUGCAGCUUUAAAGGAAUUUAUUGAAAAAGAAGGUGACGGAGAGCCACCUCUCGAGGGAUCAAUACCUGAUAUGACAUCCUUAACGGAAUAUUACAUCAGCCUACAAAGGAUUUACCAAGCUAAGUCUGAAGCUGAUUGUCUUGCUAUGGAGCUUCGUGUACGGGCUAUAUUGAAGAGAAUUGGUAGAGAUCCUGAUUCUAUUUCAAAGGCCUUCGUUAAGAACUUCUGUAAAAAUGCUAGAAAGCUCACUGUGUGCAGAUACAAGCCCCUUGAGGAUGAACUAAGUUCGCCUGCUAUAUCAGAAUUGCAGAAGUACAUGACAGAUGAAGAUUACUGCUUUUCCGUCAGUUUCUACAUUCUGCUUCGAGCUGUUGAUCGGUUUACUGCCAAUUACAACAGAUUCCCUGGAUUAUUUGACAAUGAAAUUGAGGAAGAUAUAUCGAGAUUGAAGAGCAUUGCAGUGGGCGUGCUGAGCGACUCAGGCCUUCAUGGUUCCACCCUGUCUGAGGACCUAAUCAAUGAAAUGUGCAGAUUUGGAGGUGCUGAAAUCCAUCCAGUAGCAGCAUUCAUAGGAGGCGUUGCCUCCCAAGAAGCAAUUAAGCUUAUUACGAAGCAAUUUGUGCCGUUGAAUGGGACGCUUGUUUUCAAUGGAAUUGAUCAAAAGUCGCAGGUGCUUUUUGUAUAAUUGCAGCUGUGAUGCUUGCUUAGGUAACUGGAUUCUUGCUGUUGGUUCAUGCAAGCCUGAAACCUUUUUUUUUUUUUUUUU